AUGCCCCAAUGACUGUUCUAAUCAUGGACAGUGCAACCACGGAACGUGUGUCUGUGUCAAGAAUUGGAUGGGCGAAGACUGCAGCCAAGGUGGAUGUAGCAGCUGUCCCUCAAACAGCAGAUGCGACAAUGGAUUCUGUGUCUGUGAUAUCGGUUACUUUGGACAAGAUUGCAAGAAAGCUUUUUGUGAAAAUGUAAACAAUUGCACGAGUCCAUCUCAUGGAACUUGCGUUGCACCAGACGUCUGUAAAUGCCGCCCAGGAUACGUCGGAGCUGAUUGCGGUGACAUCACCUUCUGCCCUACCAAUUGUUCGUUUCAUGGCAAAUGCAUUGGAGGUGGUCAAUGCCUUUGUCAUUUUGGUUGGGGAGGAGACACGUGUAAUUCAAAGAAUUGCGAAUCUUUUGGGUUCUGUUCAGGCAAUGGACAAUGCAGCGAGAACGGAACAUGCAUUUGCAAUGCAGGCUGGCAGGGCAGCGCGUGUAACUUGUUCUCUUGCAGCGAUUUAAACGGUUGCCACGAAAAUGGCGAAUGCGUGGGAAGUAAUCGGUGUCAGUGUUAUACUGGCUACUUUGGAAUAGCUUGCAACGAAACAACUGCUUGUCCGGACAUGCGCAAUUGCAGUGGAAACGGUUUCUGUCAAAACGAGACGACGUGUGUGUGCUACAGUAGUUAUUAUGGCAAUUACUGCGACAAGUUCGAGUGCACACAAGGAUGUUCUGGUAGAGGAACAUGUAUUGCUCCCGAUCUUUGUUCAUGCAGUUCGGGCUGGACGGGUGCAGAUUGUUCAGUCCCGUCAUGUCAAAAGCUUCAUUACUGCUCAGGACAUGGGAAAUGUGUUGUUCUGGACAGCUGCCAAUGUGACGAGAAUUGGACGGGACCUCUCUGCGACAUGGUCUGGUGCAACUCGAACAACAGAACGGGAAAUUGCUCGUCACAUGGAUCAUGCGUAGCACCAGGACAGUGUUCUUGCGAAAGCACGCACUGUGGCAAUGAUUGCCAAUUUGAAGCCGCUGACGAGUGCGCUACUGGAAGCCACGCGUGCGAUCAGCUGUGCACUGAUACUUGUGAAGGUUACGAGUGUAAUUGCGGGAGCGGAUACCGGCUGUUAAACGACAACAGCACAUGUGAAGAUAUUGACGAGUGCAACACAACAGCAUUCUAUCUAAGACUUAAUAACUGCGAGCAGCUGUGUGACAACUUACCUGGAACAUUUCGGUGCAAUUGCAAGGCUGGAUACGUUCUGGGUGAAGACAACGCCUCGUGUAUAGAAAUUAAUGAAUGCAAUAACAAAUCGCUAUGCGACCAUAUAUGCCAUAACACGAAAGGAUCUUACAACUGCUCAUGUCGCCUGGGGUACGAACUAGCUGAUGAUGGACGAACCUGCAAAGAUAUAGACGAGUGUGUUACAGGUACGCACAACUGUCCCAUCUCUGCCGUUUGCUUAAACACAAUAGGUUCUUUCCUAUGCCGACCUCCGGGAGUUACUUACCGAUGGGUAGAGGGUAAGUGGGGCAAGAAUUGCUCGGUCAAUCGAGUGUGCGGUGCUGGAGUUGUCACUCGUACGGUUUCUUGUCUCGAGACAAACAAGACGACUAAGGCAGACCGACAAGUCGACGACCAAUUCUGCAUUUUCACCGUUCGAAGGAAGGAACGAGUGCAACGUCGGUGUGGAAGUCCAUGCCGCUACGUUUUUGGCAAAUGGUCAACUUGCGCGAGCGACUGCACAAGAAGCCGGCAAAUAAGUUGUGUGAAACUGAUGAAAAACCGACGUAAGCCGGUCAGUGUUCGUCACUGCAAAGCUGACACACACAUUCCUUUGCCGAAUCCUCCUCCGUCACACGAGAGUUGCAUUGAAGGAUUGUGCUAUCCUGGCUCAUAGAAAUAGGAGCUGGCAUGCGAACUAAACAGUUUCUGACUGCUUCGUUUUUUUUCUGUGAUUGUCUGCUUGAGCGACGUUUUCGUCAAACGUUACGAUAGUGAGCUUAGAAUUGUUUGUGUUAUACACUGACAGCAUAACGAUGGUGCUGUUUGUAGCCACUAAAGGCCGGUUCACAAUAUUACGCCUCAACAUAC